UCACAUUUUUAAUAUUGAACUUGUAAAAAAAAAAUAUUUUCUAUUACAUUCCGUUUAUUCUGUACUAUUAAAUAAAUAAGAAACAACGCCUACAGACUCAGCAUGUGGAAUAAUGCAUCCGCCAAAACUUUACUCAAGCUUAUAAUAUUAUAGAGCAGGCUAUAUUUGUGUUGUGAUUGCACACGGCUGCAGUUGGAUAUGGCGAACACUCUGGAGAGAGAGAUUCUGGAGCGGGAGCUCCGUCCACGGCUGUGUUAUGUGACUAAAGGAGAUCGCGGGUACGGGUUUCAUCUGCACGGCGAACGCAACCGAGGAGCGCAAUACAUCCGCAGGAUCGAGCCGGGCUCCCCCGCGGACCUGUCCGGUCUCAGGUCCGGCGACCGGGUGGUGGAGGUGAACGGAGAGAACGUGGAGGGAGAGACGCAUCAGCAGGUUGUGCAGAGGAUCCUGGAGGUGGAGCACCGCACCAGGCUGCUGGUGGUGGACCGGGUCACCGAAGAGUUCCUGAAGUUUCACGGUCUGCCAUGUACGGAGGAUAGGGCGAUUGAGAUGGGCUCUCUGUCCUCUCGCUCCUCAGCGGCGUCCUCUCCCCGCGCCUCCCCAAGAGACUCCGCCACUCCUCCCUACAGCAGACAGAGCUCAGAGGGCAUUUUCAUUAAUAAGAGUCCCAGCAGCGCUGGAGGAGUAAUGAAUGGCUCUCCACUCUACAGAGCUCAUGCCCGUCUGGCGUCACCCGUGUUUCUGCCUCUGUCGUCACCCGGUGAACACAAGACUGAACCGGAGCCCGAACCCUUCACCAAACUCACUGUGGAGUCCAGCAUCACACCCGAGCCUGAACCGGUGCGUGACCUCAGCGUAUCAGAGACCAGCACACAGAAGGAGACGCUUUCGGAGGUGGAUGUGGUAACGAAGGACCUGCGUCCGCGCUUGUGUCACAUGACCAUAGGAGAGCAGGGCUACGGCUUCAACCUGCACUGCAGAAAGUCCCACGUGGGUCAGUUCGUCCGCUCGGUGGACCCCGACUCUCCGGCGGAGCACGCGGGACUGAGGCCGAGAGACCGGCUCAUCGAGGUGAACGACACGAGUAUCGAGGGUCUGCGUCACGCGGAGGUGGUGGCGCUGAUCAAAGCGGGCAGCAGAGAGACCCGUCUGCUGGUGGUGGAUCCCGACACAGAUGAGCUCUUCAACCGACUGGGUAUCGUGCCCACAUCUAUUCAUCUUAAAGAGGACUGUGUGGACGGGCCAAUCAUAGAGAGUCCUGAAGCGACGUGUUCAACCACACACAGCACUGUAUCUGCUUCACCGGUCCCAGACGCCCACAAGAUCUCUCCACCAAUCAUCAACAUCACACUGACUGACCCACCAAUCAGCAACGGCUCCCCAAGACACCAGAGUCACAGAAGCUCCUCCUCUCGAUCCACAUUAUCAGAGACCAGCGCUGAAAUCAGCAGCUUCGACAGCAGCAACAAGCUCACAGAUUCUGACCAUCACUCCAGCGAUGACGCCCGUAAACCAAAGCGAGAUGUGAAAUCUGAGGAUCCGUUCUGGGAGAGCGGUCUGCAUCUGAGUCUGACCGCGGCGGAGGCCAAGCAGAAAGCCCGGGCCAAACGGCCCAACAAGAGAGCGCCCCCGAUGGACUGGAGCAAGAAACAGGAAAUCUUCAGCAACUUCUGAGCAGCGCACACAUCAGAAAGUUCACCUCAGUUCUAGACAGAUUCCACCGGCACACAAACCAGACCAAAAACAUGCAGCUUACACCAGAUUAGAUCAACCUCCUGAAAUGAGUGAGAUCAUCAAGAAAGGAUGAGAGAAAAGGUUUGAGUGCAGAUCUGUGUGCAGAAAUGCAGAUCUGAAAGUAUGUUUUGAACAGGUUUGUUAUUGUUGGAUAUCAUGUUAUGGGUUUAACGGAGCUUAAUUGGGCAUUUUGUUACUAGUAGGUGUUCCACAUUCAGCCAGUUGGUUAUUUCACCCAAUAAUGCACAAGCUCCCUUCUUGAAGUCACUUUCCUGCCAUCACAUUUCUUCUCUUUCUCAGAGAUACUAAUGCAACAGCAGUUCCCACAAACCAGAAAAUAAGGAAGGAAUGAAAAGAGAGUAAGAAAACGUCAUUACAGGGCAGAAACAGUAAGAAGGAAAGACAUACUGAAGGAAAGGUGAAGAGAAAGUGUAAUUGCAAUAGUUAAAGUCAACAAAAGAUGGCAACUGAACAUCGAGCUGAGAAGCCAAAGGUUGUAGGUUCAAAUCCCUGAAGAAAGAAGUCAUGAUCUUGCACCAUUAAGAGAAAAUGUACAGUAAGAAGAACGGGAAGAGAAGGUUCAGUCCGAGACAGUAAACACAUGUGACCAGAUAGACAUCUGAUUUGAGUUCAUCUAUAUGCUAAUAUUAGGGCUGGGCGAUAUGGCCAAAAACUUAUCACGAUAACAUUUUUCAAAUCAGUCGAUAGCUAUGAUUAUCACAAUAAAUUUCAAAUCUUUCAAAUAUUUCUUUCAAGUUUUAGGAUUUUUGCUCCUUAAGUGAAAGUUGUAGAAACCAGACGGUUCAUUGUGGUUUUAAAAUACUCUUUAUGAUCAGAACAUGACAGACACUUCACGUACACUUUUCCAGUCAUUUUUUCUUAACAAAAUAAAUA